AUGCGGCGGCCCCGCUGAGCCCGCUAGCUCCGGGCGCCGGAGGCCAGCCGCGCAAGGCGGCCCGGGCCGGGCGGCAGCAUGCGGAGCGGCGAGGAGCUGGACGGCUUCGAGGGCGAGGCCUCGAGCACCUCCAUGAUCUCGGGCGCCAGCAGUCCGUACCAGCCCACCACCGAGCCGGUGAGCCAGCGUCGCGGGCUGGCUGGCCUGCGCUGCGACCCGGACUACCUGCGCGGCGCGUUCGGCUGCCUCAAGGUCGCCCAAGUGAUUUUGGCCCUGAUCGCGUUCAUCUGCAUAGAGACCAUCAUGGAGUGCUCCCCGUGUGAAGGCCUCUACUUUUUUGAGUUUGUGAGCUGCAGUGCGUUUGUGGUGACUGGAGUCUUGCUGAUUCUGUUCAGUCUCAACCUUCACAUGAGGAUCCCCCAGAUCAACUGGAACCUGACAGAUUUGGUCAACACUGGACUCAGCACUUUCUUUUUCUUUAUUGCUUCCAUUGUACUGGCUGCUUUAAACCACAAAACCGGAGCAGAAAUUGCUGCCGUGAUAUUCGGCUUCUUGGCAACCGCGGCGCACGCGGUGAGUGCGUUCCUGGCCGCGCAGAAGUGGAGAGUCAGCCUCCGCCAGCAGAGCGCCAGUGACUACAUCCGCGCCCGCACGGAGUCCAGAGACGUGGACAGCCGGCCCGAGAUCCAGCGCCUGGACACGUGAGGACGCGCCAGAGUCCUCUUCCCUCUGCUCCUCGUGCCCGUCCUUUCAAUCAAGUUUUUCUGUCCCUCAUCACGUCAGAUUUUCAUGUGACUAAGUUGAAUUUUGUCCUCCUCGGUAAAAGUUCAUUUUGGGAAAGGGUUUUCACAGUGGCCCUCGUGGCGGGUGCCUGAGGCAGGGAGUCCCGUGCCCAGCUGUUCAGAAAGAGGUGGGCGGGACAGGUCCCCAGAUCCUCUGCUUUGGUGGCCCUGGGAGCCGCUGGCCUCACAGGCUGCCGUGUCCACUUCACUGUCCCUGAGCACAGGCUUCACGUCUGACUCUGAGCCACCUGUCAUAUGUAUUUGUGACAAGUCAGGACUUUGGAUUAAAUGGGGGCUGCUAGGAGUGGGGGGGAAAAAUCAAGGAAUGAAGGUACAUGGUUGGAACAGUCGGUGAGCAGUGAUUCCUGGGCAGCUCCCAUAGCUGCCCCAGGUCAGCUUUAGUCUCGCUGCCAGGAUCCCCCUCUCCCUGUUGUUUUCCAUGCCCGGGGCAUCAAGACACCAGCACAAGCCUGGAAAGCCACGUGAGACACCGAGGGUCUUGGUGGUGGGUGUGCUGGCGGAGCUUUUCGCUGGGUCUGGGGUUUCGGGGGGGUGGGAAAAGCUGGCAUCCUCUUGGCACAGCGCCGCGGCACUGCUGACCUGUGGGAGGGUCACCAUUUGUUUCCUACCCUGCUGAGAAAUCCCUUGAUGCUUCCUCAAAUGAAUCACCUCCCUGAAUCUCAGAUUCUCCUCCAGGAAUGUGGGGACCAUCUUUUUUCCAGUUUCCUCCCUUUCCUGAAUACUUUGAGGCUGGACUGCAGAUUUUCUGUCAUUUUACCUUCCCAGGUAAAAGCCAUGAAAGAAAUACAGUCCGUUCCCCCAGCCCAAACCCUUGCCCAUUUGCUGGCAUCAUGGACCACAGGUGGGGACACACCUCUGUUUUAGGGGUGUGCACUGAUUUUCAAAUGCCUGAGAAGAGUUCUAGAGUGAUUCUGAGUAGAUCUGUCUAGGAUUUGAAAAUACUUGAAUCUGCACCAUGACACACCCUUUCACUGAUGUUUCAGAGGCUCAGUCGUCCCUGUGCCUCAGGGUCGUAACCAUGAAUGUCGAUCUUGGAAUCUGUAGGGGAAAGUUCCAGUUAUGUAAGGUUUUGAACUGAUUCUCGAUAAAGUGACGAUUAUUGUGGUGACUGAGUUAAAUGAGCCCCUACGAUGCUGUAGUUUUUAAUUUUUUUUCUGUUGGAGACUAAUUGUAUCUUUUAUGGAAAAACUGUUUUCACGUGUCAGGUUUUCACUCUGAACUGUUUUUAAUGUUUACAAACCUCACUCUAGCUCUAAUAUUUUGUGUUUCUCCCUGACCGAGGAAAAAAACGCUUACUGCUGGUGGGAAGAUUUUGCAUUAACGUGGAGAGUCCCCAGGAUCUUGUCCUAGUGAGUGUUUACAGCUUCAGCAGCGUGCGGUGUAAUGAGAGAGAGAGGGUCUGGGUCUGGGGGUGGGGCGAGCAGAGCCUGUGUGAGAAAUGUCCAGCUGUGCACACAUGGCACUACGUUCUGCAUAGCAGAGCAGUGUCUGAUUUCCCCGCGCGGGUGGAUUGAUCAGGUAGCGCUGCUUGGCUGGGGAUUCCGCAGGAAAUGGUGCUGUGCUAUCUCUGAAGGGUCGGGGUUAGGGCUCCCUGAACUGAACAUCCCACACAACCCGAGUUCUGCCGCAGUUCCUUUCCAGAGCCGUGACCCAGGUCACCUGUUCAAGCCCCUGGUCUGCUCAGGGGCCGUGGGCUGCAGGUGCAGACCCAGCUCAUCAGGCAGUAAUUCCCCUCCCUCUGUUCCCGCAGAGGGCAGCCAGGCCUGGUCACAGCGGGUCUGACGGAGCCCUCUUCCCAUGGGUGUUGUGAGGCAGUCCAAACCAUGCUUCACAAACUCCGUACCUAUCAUGUGUAGUGAUUUUUGAGGAGAUUAUGGCAUCUGGAUUUUAUCUGUUCAUUUUAUAUAUUUAUUUUGCAUUUGUUGAGUGUAUAUGCUUAGUCAGAAUGGGGCUUAUCUCCCUCCCUCGGAGAGUUCCAUUGAAAAACAGGGUCACAAAGACUCAGCCUUGCAUUAAAUGGGGCCCACUUAGAAGGACCACCCUGAACUGUAUCAGAAAUCUCCUGCUGGGACUCAUGUUACUUGGCCUCAAUAAAAAAGCCGCCUUUGAAGUGAGAUUGAAAAAAAGAAGACUGUUCAGGCAGGGUUGUUGCCCAAAUUUUCCCAAGUCACUUCAGUAAAACCAGUUUAUCAUCUGGUUGAAAGGAGCCUAUUAGCCUCCUGAGGAUGUGUUGUCAGCUGCAAGGAACGGUUCUGAAGCCCAUCGCAGUUGUAAACGCUGAUAGAUGAUAAAAAGUGGUGACACCUUGUGCCAUAGGCCACUUAGGAAUUAUUGAAUAAUUUGCAUCUUAGUGUUAGAAUCUUGGAAUUAUUUAUUCCCCUGUAACUAUUUAAUGUCCUUUGUGCCAUGAGACUCUCCCAUGGUUUUUGUAAAUAUAUUUCUUUAUAUUUAAUAAGUUCCCACUACAACCGGAAGUGGCCAGGUAUGCAAAUUGGUGUGAUGCAGAGUCGUAAGUCCUGUCACGUGUGGCAGUGUGGUGAGAAGGAAGGAAUAUGGCUGUCCAGUGUGAAUGGAAAGACACCUGCAUUUUCCGUAUGUUGUCUGUGUGUACAAACAAGACAAUCUAGAUUUGGGGGGCUUAAAAGGACUGUUUUUUGCAAACUGAAGGAAGCUUAUUUUUGCAUUUAAUAGUUCCAAUAUGGACCCAUGUCAGUUUGGUUUGGGGCAUUUUUGAGGCUGAGGCAAUCUUAGUGUUUCUCAAUUUUCUGGUGGGAUGGUAUUGGCUUUCAUAGUUGGUGCCAGACUUGUGUGUGUUUGAAUUUGUUCCUGGAGCCUGGAUGGUUGAAACCCUCAAGCAUUUGGUGGAAACUCUGGUGGUUUUAGAUGGAUGCAAACACUGACGUCUUCAGAGAAAGUUUAUCCUGGCAUCAACUUGGUUGAUGCGGUAUUUUUUCUUUUCUCUGAUUCUCCUUUAGCCUCCCUUCACACUGCUGAAGGCAUGGGGUGGGGCGGUGGGAAGUACCUUUUCCCUUUCAUACAGGGAGAUUCUAAUCAUGAGAGCCUAAAGAUACCUGUUGGCUCCAUAUAAAGCCGGGGAAAGACAAAGCCAGUUACAGGUUAAAAUCUCACAACAGAAGUUCGAUUUAAAGCAAAGAAAAUAGAUUUUCACUCUACAGCAACAGUCGUCCGAGAGAUUCCCUUUGUCCACAGAAAGGCAAGAAUGUAGUAGCCUGCCCAAUCCCAAUGGCCAUGUCUUCCAUGGCAACUUGAACCAAAGUGCCAGCGUGGACGAGGCCCGGCCUGGCCCCAGGGAAGCCAAGGACACAACCUGGUUCUGAGGGCUCGGCUCUGGAAGGUGGAUGCCACCCCCUGCCCUUUGGGCACCAUCACUGUCCUUUGGCUAAAGGCUCAUGCCCAUGGGCAGGCAUGGAGUGUAUCCGACCCCACCCUGUGUUAGAUGCUUCUGGAGAGAGCUUUGUGACUCAGUUGAAAACAUUCCUACUCUUUUAAAGUUUGCAGUUUCAUCUGCCUUUCUUCGAAGCUUUCUUAGUGAUUCAAUCUUGGGUUAAGCCACAUGCGGCCUCUGAGGAGAUGAAGCACUAACCCUUUUGUCUGCACAUGUAUGUGAAUUCUUGCUUGCAGCGAAUGACCCUUGAAUAACCCCUCCCUGUUUCAUGUGUGUGUGGCCCAAGCUCACCUUUUCUUGUUGACUCGCAUGUGCUCUUUGGGAAGAAACCCACGUGUUUAAGAGGUGGACCAAGUUCCUAAUUUCGGGCUGUACAAGAUGUUCUGUGGGUUGUUCUUAGAAUCUGUCCUAACGGAUGAAUAAAGUGUGAAGACAACAUGUGGCCCCUGUAGUGAUUCUGGGAGGCCGUGACGACUGAAGUGGGUCCCGUUGUGCCAUCCACGUUCAAAACAAAGCAACCGUGAAGUCUUCGUGCCACUGCCAGAUUUUCAUUUUCUCCACCUCUGGUUUACAGGAAAAUAUGACAUUACACAGGUAGCAAAAGGUGAAAACACCUGCUAGGCUGCUGCCAAUUGACCGUCUCAAGCGAAAUAAAAAGUUGCUUCCUGCUCCAGCGACUGCCGUUAGCGUGUGAGGUCUCCAGACACUCUUCUGGCUCCUAGUGAAGUUCACAGAACUCAGGGGCUCCCUCUUAUUUCAUCAGCAACCAUUCCCAGGGCCAGCUAGGCGACAGCUGGUGAAGUGGGAGCAGGGGCGGGU